GACUCCACAGCUCAGACCGGCGAGGUGCAAACGCUCGCGACGCCCAUCAAUCUCAUCCUCCUAUCACUCUCCAUAAUCCUCAUUUACCUGCGCCUACGACCGAAGAAACUCGCGCCGAUCCUCCCAGCCGCACCGGCACCAACAGUCUUCCGUGUCUUCACCCCACGCCAGCUCCUACCCUACAAUGGUCUCAAAGACAUGCCUGUAUACCUGGCAGUGCGCGGCAAGAUCUUCGACGUAACGCCUGGUCGCAACUUCUACGGCCCAGGAGGACCAUAUGCGAACUUCGCGGGAAGAGAUGCUUCAAGGGGUCUGGCAUGUGGAAGUUUUGAUGCGGAGAUGUUGACAGAAGACUUGGAUGGACCGUUGGACAAACUGGAGGACUUGGGAGGGGAGGAGAUGGAGGCGCUGCAGGGAUGGGAAGAGAGGUUCAACGAGAAGUAUUUGGUGGUCGGGAAACUGGUUCCGGUGGGGCAUGCGGAGGCCGAGCCGGACGAGGCGAAGUGAUCAGAAUGGACUCAUACCUUGGCAACUCGUGAUGAUGCAGGAAAAGUGAUUUGGACGCAAAGACAGGCAGCGGUAUGUCUAUCGGCGAGUGAGGAGCCCGUGAGUU